AUGUCGAAACUGGAACAGCCCGCCUGGUCGGAAGCAUCGAUCCCCAGCCACGGCAGCCCCUCGAGCCUCUGGAAUGGCCGUCCUCCAUCCACCAUGGACGGCGAUGCCGUUACCACCGCUUCCACCUCCAACGUCAGCACUCCCAGCCGAGGCCUGAACUCCCUCGAUGCCAAGGACAUUGCGGCAAAUGCGCCCGUGUUCACACCGUCCCCACUGCUCCCGCACGACGGAUCCGCCUGGUCCAUGCCAAGGACCGGCUCGCUCACAUGGGCAAACGACCUCGCACCAAGGCCCGCCGCACCCGCUGAGCUCGUCGCCGAUGCGGCUGGCUCGAGUCCGAGCGCCAUCAAGCGUCUUGCCAAGCAGGAGCGAUCCGAAACCAUGCUUGCCCAGCCCCCUUCUGCCGCAGCCAAACAGGCGCAGCCCGCUUCAUCAACAGCAGCUGACGCUGACGCCUCUUCGCCCAAUCAGUCCUCCAGCCGCAUCGCAAAACCGGCCGCACCCGUCCCCAAGCGCGCCCCCAUACGCUCAGCCACCCUCGACCCGAGUCAACUGGCCGGCAACAGGCGAUCCAGCAGCGAUGAUCUCGACGAUGCCGCUGCGGAAGACCAGGAGCUCGUGGCCGAGAUGGACUCGCUCAGCAUUGUAACCAACGAGGCUGCACCCGACGCAGGCCCAGCGCCACCGCAGCACGACCUCGCUUCUUCCGGCUACCACUCGCCUCCGGCUUUUGUGGGAGUGGGGCAUGCACAUCGCGCUUCGGGCUCCUUCCCACCGCCUCCCUUCGGCCCUGGUGAAGGGUUCAUGCAUCCCUCUUCGUAUUUGCCGGGCAGCGGGGCACGCUCUCCCGAUGUCUACGCGCACGGCUACGCCGGCAUGGGCCACAUGUUGCCGGGUAUGGCGCCCAUCGACAUGUCUGGCUACGAGUCGUACCGCACCACGCCCGAUCCGUAUGCGCCCACCAUGCCCGGCCGAGCCAUCUUUGCGUCGCCAGGCUCGCAGGGUUCCACACCGCAGAGUCCGUCGUUCGGGCCCGCGCCGCUCGGGCCGCACAUCAACCCGAUGCGCAACGGCGAGGCACUCUUCUAUCCCGGCGUCAUCCCAGGAUUCGGUCCACCACCGCCCAUGGCGGGAGGCAUGGCAUCGCCAGUGCGCCACGUAGGACCACCUGGACCUUCGCAUUUCGGUUUUGCCGACGCGCGCGCUGCUCAGCUCGGCCAGUCGCCAAUGAUCGCCCCGGGCAUGCCCAUGCCGAUGGGUGGCAUGAUGCCGCCAACCAGCCCGCCCAUGCCACCCAGCGGGCCGGACAGCCGGCAGUCGCCAAACCUGGCGCAGGCUUCGCCCUACUCGCCCGUUGACCACCGCAGAAUGGGCUCGGCAGGGUCCGAGCCCUUUGGUCCUCCGCUCCUGGCCAUGUCGCCUCGCCCUCCAUUUGCGAUGACGGGCCAGGCGGGGCCGUUUGUGCCGGGUCAGCCGGGCAUGCAUGGCGUGAUCGGCGGUGCGCCGAUGCACGGUUCGGUGAUGGCGUGGAACGGCCGCUUCGACCACCGUCGCAUGCCGACGGGCCCGGGCGGCAUGAUGGGCCCCGUGGGCGCGUUCGGAGGCAGCCCGGUGGACAUGCAUUUCGCACGCAACGGGCCGGGUUUCUACGGUGCGCCCUACGCGCCUGGCGUCGGCGGCGGCGGUGGAGGAGGUGCAGGCGGAGCAGCGACGCAGACGCGAAGUGCACUCUUGGAAGAGUUCCGCAGCCGGCACUCGAAGAAUCGCAAGUUUGAGCUGGCCGACAUCUACGGCAGCGUGGUGGAGUUCAGCGGCGACCAGCACGGCAGCCGGUUCAUCCAGGAGAAGCUGGACAGCGCGAGCGCCGAGGAGAAGAAGACGCUGUUCGACGAGGUGCUGCCGCACGCGCGCCACCUCAUGACGGAUGUGUUUGGCAACUACGUUAUCCAGAAGAUGCUCGAGCACGGCGACGACGAGCAGCGGGCGGUGCUGGCGCGCGAGAUGGAGGGCAACGUGCUUGCGCUCUCGCUCGGCACGUACGGCUGCCGGGUGGUGCAGAAGGCUUUCGACUACAUUGCGCCCGAGCAGCGCGAGAAGCUAGCCAAGGAGCUCGACGGCCACAUUAUGCAGUGCGUGCGCGACCAGAACGCGAACCACGUGGUGCAGAAGGUGAUCGAGCGCGUGGAUGCGGGCGAGGUGGGCUUCAUCCCCGAGGCGUUUGUGGGCCACGUGGCUGGGCUGGCGAGCCACUGCUACUCGUGCCGGGUGCUGCAGCGUGCGUUUGAGCACUGCACCGAGGCGCAGGCGCGGCCGCUGCUCGACGAGCUGCACCACGAAGCGUAUGCGCUCAUGCAGCACCAGUACGGCAACUACGUCAUCCAGUGGGUGCUGCAGCGCGGCCAGCCGCACGACCGCGCGCAGGUCAUCGCCAAGAUCCGCGGCAACGUGCUCACGCUCAGCAGGCACAAGUUUGCGUCCAACGUGAUCGAGGAGGUCAUCCGCACGUCGUCCGCCGCGGACCUCGAAGCGCUGGUCGACGAGAUCCUCACGCCCAAGGCUGUGCCGUCGGCAGGUGCGGAUGGCGACGCAGCGCAGCAGACGACCAAGAUCGCACCCGCGGUGUUGAUGAUGAAGGACCAAUUUGCCAACUACGUGCUGCAGCGCUUUUUGGAGAAGGCGGAUGCGGCGCAGCGUGCGCGGCUCGUCGAGGCGGUGCAGCCGAGCCUGCUCAGUGCAAGGCGGCUGUCGAGCGCGCACCAGACCAAACACCUCGUCGCCAUCGAGAGGCUCAUCGAGUCGCUGGCCGAGCAGACUGCCACGGCGGAAACAGCGACCGCGCCGUAA